GAAACAUAACGGACGUGUCGUUGCGUCGCGCGCGUGUGUGUGUGUGUCUGUGUGUACUGAAACAUUUUGGGGUCGCAGCCAAUCGGUGAAAAAAUUUUUAAUUAUACAAUACUCGUGUUUGUUCUCGCAGCAAAUCGAAGUAAGCACAUUGUGCGAUUUAGCUGCACAGAAAAUAUAUAAUAAGUAAGCUGAAUUACGUGAGUAAAUUGUGUGUGUGUCAGAGCGAGGCGGCAAAUCAGUGCGGCGUUAAAGAGCAGCAAAAUAUAAAUUGCUUCUGUGUGUACGUGCCUCUGUGUAGUGUGCAUGUGUGCUAAAACAAAUGCCUAAAUUGCAACAAAAGAAAAUUGUAUGAAAUAUACGAAGCGAAUAGCAGAGCGAAAGCGAUAAAAAAAAGAGGCUGCUGCUUAAAGAGGAAGAAGAAAAAGCAGCAGCAGCAGCCGCCGCGAGUUUUUUUCGCGCGUGUGUUAGUGUGCAUACAAAUGUAUAUGAAAAAUACCGAAUAAGAAGAAGCAAGUAAUAAAAAAGUGAGAAAAGUAAUCUUAUAUAUUUCCAUAUUUCUUGCAGCGCUUGACAACGAAAAUAAUAUAUGUAUAGCAAAAGCAAAUACAACAGAGGUUAAUUCUAGUGCUUAAUAAUCAGUGAACUGCGGUUUCAAACGCCUUAGUCUUCCCCUUCGUUGCAUUUUCUUAACCGGAAUGCCACCAACAUCAAAUAACCAACAUCCACAACAACAACAACAACGAAUGGAAUAAAAUAAAAAAACCAAGGCGUCGGCUAACUGCUUAUCUAUCAAUUGACGAAGCACGAGGAAAGCGAAGAAGCGAGAGACGAAGAAGAAGUGACAAAGCGCUGAGUGCGCGAAAUACUCAAACUAGAACACACUUUUAAAUCUGUAUAUACAAAAUAAAGGCGGCGCGUGUGUUGUAAAAGCAUAAAAACAGCAAAUUCCAUAAUCGAAACGCUUGCCAAAACUGGGCCGAGGCGCGUGCAAUAUGCGCAUCGGUGUUGGGGAACGAGCGAGUGCCACGGAACGCACUGAAUCGAAACGGAACGGUGGGAAUCUAUAAUGCAACAGCAACGGCGGCAGCAAGAAGAAUUCGAAACAGAAAUUAUUGGGAGAAAGGAAAGCAUUUGGAAAAUGUUGUUCCCGCACACUGAAGAAAAUGCAUCGUUUUCUUAACAUCCAGCAAAAUAUCAAACUACGCAACUAUCAUCAGUUACUUUUGUAUUUUGACGCUGCUGCUGGAGGAAGAGCGGAAGUAGUGAGUGGAAGACGAACCGGAAACGGAAAGAGAAGUGGCCGCAACGGAAGUAGAAGAAGAGGCAGCAGAGUAGCAGCAGCAGCAGCAGCAGCAGGAGCAGCAAUAACGUUAAGAGCAAACGCGACGUAACGCCACGAAACGCAACGUCUAGAGUAGUUGAAGCAUAAUAUUAUACUAUUAGCCCAAUACAUUAACCCAACGCUGCCACUGUUCCUAAGACAUCAACAACAACAACAACAACCAGAAGAAGAAACCAUUUAAAAUAAACGUAGACCAUAGUCGUAACCGUAAACCGUAAACCGUAACGCAAACGCCUCCUACACAAGUUAAAAUACAGAAACACAAAUCCUAUGCCAAUUUUUGAUCAUCAAGUCGUUUAGCACCUAUCAUAGACUCACCCUCAUAAGCGCAUCAUAAACAAAACAAAAUCUCAAACGACACUACCGAAAAAAAACCAACUAAAACAACAAAAAGCAAACGUUGUUUUAGUGUCCAAACACUCUCAAAAAACAAAAAACCGAUCUCGCCCCUUGCCACGGACACCAAAAAAACACAACAAAAUAGAAAAAAAAUACAAAAAAAAAAGCCUGGCUAAGGAAAGCGGAAAAAUAUGGCCACACCCCAAGUCAAGGACUUGGUGUUGCGCUCGCCCGCUGGCUCCUCCGAUGUCAUUUCCUUCGCCUGGCCCCUGCAAAUCGGACACGGACAAGAUAAGCACGAUAAUGGCAUCGACAUUAUCGACACCAUUAAGUUCGUCUGCGAUGAACUGCCAUCGAUGUCAUCGGCCUUCGAGGAGACCAAUCUCCAUCAAAUUGACACUGCCUGCUAUAAGACUAUGACCGGUCUGGUCGAUCGCUUCAAUAAGGCCGUCGACAGCAUCGUUGCAUUGGAAAAAGGAACUUCACUGCCCGCCGAGCGCCUGAACAAGUUCGCUCACCCUAGCCUUCUAAGACACAUUUUGCAAUUAGUAUACAAUGCUGCCGUACUCGAUCCGGAUAAACUCAAUCAGUAUGAGCCCUUUUCGCCAGAGGUUUAUGGCGAGACGAGCUACGAGCUGGUACAGCAGAUGCUCAAGCACGUCACCGUCAGCAAGGAGGACACGUUCAUCGAUCUCGGCUCGGGAGUUGGCCAGGUGGUCCUCCAGAUGGCCGGAUCCUUUCCCCUGAAAACGUGCAUUGGCAUCGAGAAGGCGGACACUCCGGCGCGAUAUGCGGAACGCAUGGACGUGAUCUUUCGCCAAUAUAUGGGAUGGUUUGGCAAACGCUUCUGCGAAUAUAAGCUGAUCAAGGGUGAUUUUCUGGUCGAUGAACAUCGUGAGAAGAUCACCUCCUCGACGCUGGUCUUUGUUAACAACUUCGCCUUUGGCCCGACGGUCGAUCACCAGCUCAAGGAACGAUUUGCGGAUCUGCGCGACGGAGCGCGAGUCGUGUCCUCCAAGUCGUUCUGUCCGCUCAACUUUCGGAUAACGGACAGAAACCUCAGCGACAUUGGCACCAUUAUGCACGUCAGCGAGAUUCCGCCCCUUAAGGGCUCCGUUUCCUGGACCUGUAAGCCCGUCUCGUAUUAUCUGCACGUUAUAGAUCGCACCAUAUUGGAGCGAUACUUUCAGCGCCUGAAAACGAAAGGCGGCAACGAUCACGAGAGUGUUGGAACUGUUCGCACCACACGAGAUCGUGCCAAGCGUGAGGCGAAUGUUGGCCAGCAUCAUCAAAACAACCAUCAUAACAAUAGCAACCAUCACGCCAACAACAACAACAACAACAAUAGCAACAAUCAUCAACGGGAGCGAGAACAGUCGAACGGAGCUGCCGCUGCCGCUACCACCGCUGCCCAUCAGCAGCGAAAUCAAUCCCAAUCGCCGGCCAAUGUCAGCGGCGGGGGAAUAGCAGCUGCCAGUGGGCCACAAGCUGCCUCCAAAACACGCCAGCAACUGCAACAGCAGCAGCAGCAACAGCAGCAGCACCAACACCAGCAACAGCACCAGCAGCAGCAACAACAGCAGCAGCAGCAACGCAGCCUGGACAUGGAGAGCAGUACGGAGAGCGAUGGCGAGGCGACGAAUGGCAAUGGUGGCAACACCACCACGGCCACCAACACCACCUCCGCCUCGAACGGGCCGAUGACCAGGAAGGUUUGGUCCGACUGGUGCAGUUCCAAGGGCAAGAGUUCGCAGUCGGAUGACGAGGAGAACAACAACUCGAACAGCAAUGGCGGUGGAAUGGGCGGAGGAUCAGUUGGCCGACAGGCACGAGCAACGACGCAGAAAAAGCGCAAAAAGUUGACAAGGAAAGCGGCCAUUGCUAGUAAAUCCGCGGCCGCUGCCCAAAGGGAAGCCGAGGCGGCAGCAGCAGCAGCGUCGGCGGCGGCAGCGGUGACCAGCAAGGAGUCCAGCUCGAAGGAGGAUCAACCGAGGGCAGCCAGUGCCGGACCUGGUCGUAAGGGACGCAUGAAGAAGGGGGCAAGGGGCAGGAAAUCCCUAAAGAUUGUCGGUCUGGAAGCCUUGCACAAGCAGACGGUGUUGAGUACAUCCCUGGAUACGAUGACCAAGAAGCUGCCAGCAGCUCCUGGAACCGUGGAUCAACAGCUUACGGCUCUGCUCACGGAAAGCAUGGCACACACGGAGUUGGAUAUUCCAUCUGCGCCCCAGGACACGCCUUAUGCUCUGCAGAUCCUUUUGGAUGUGUUUCGUUCGCAAUACACAUCGAUGAUUGAGCACAUGAAGUCCAGUGCGUAUGUGCCGCAGGUUCAAAAGCAAAUUGCCCAAGAGCAGGAACGCAUGGCCAGGCUAAAGAACCGAGCCAGUCAGCUGGACAAGCAGAUCAAGGUACUGAUCGAUGACAGUGUGGCUCUGCUAAAGGUGCGCAUGAACGAGCUGGGCAUCCAUGUCAACUCGCCCAACGAUCUGAUUGCCCAGGCAAAGGAGAUUGUGGGCAGGCACAAGGAUCUGCAGCAUACGGCAAGCAGGAUGCGAAACGAAGUCACCUUUUAUGAGGGCGAGCAGAAGCUACUGCUCAACAAGCAGCUGAAGAACCUGGCCGAGUACCAGAAACUCUGCGGCAGUACGGUCAAUGGCAAGGUGAAGCUCGAGGUGGCACCGGAACUUUCGGAGACCACUGCCCAGGAGCUGGUGCUCAAGGAGAUUGCCAAUACGCUGAGCCAGCGCAAGAAACUUUACGCCCAGGUGUCCACCAUCGAACAGGAGACAACGGUGCUGCAGAAGACAGCGGAGGAGAGGUCCACCGCUGCCACGCUUUUGGCGCAAGGUACAAACCUGAUUGUAUCUACUGGGACAUCAACAUCCUCCUCCUCAUCCUCCGCCGCCACCGCCAACGCUACGAGCUCUCUGACAGUGCAAAACAAUAAACUAAACACUGCCAAGAACUCGCGCCGCAGUCGCGAGCAUCGUGCGCGUUCGCAAGAGUGGCCAGAGGUGCCAGAAGUGGGCAAGAUCCAGGAGAGCAAUCCCGAAGUGCUGGCCCAGAAAAUCGUCGAGACUUGCCGCCAAAUUGAGGCUGGCAAGUUCCAGGGAUCUGCGGCGCCCACUUACCAAGUGAAUGGCAAGAGCAAAGCGAUGCCAGAGGCCACUCCCCCACCACCGCCCACUGCUCCGGUGAGCAUUAAGUCCUCACCUGGCCACCACUACAAGGAUAGCACCCUGAUGCCGGCACCCAAGCAGCAACAGCAACAGCAGCAGCAGCAGCAGUUCUCGCAGCUGCCCAAGUGUGAGCUACCCGGAAUGUCGGGCAGCCGGAAGCAGGAAUCUCCCAAGGUGGCCAACUUUGAGGAUCGGUUGAAGAGCAUCAUCACCACAGCCCUGAACGAGGAUCAGGAGCUGCGCAGCAAGGCAGUGGACUCGUCGCCAUCCCCCUCUCCCCUCCACAGUCCGGCGCCCAAGCGAUCGAAACAGCAAUCGUCUGCUGCUGCUGUCAUGAAUCCAGCUGCCCAAUCGCUGCCCAAUAAUCUGCACAACAUCAUUACCGUGUCCACGCAGGGUUUGAUGCAUCUGAACGCCAACACAACUAUAUCGCCCAUAACGCCACCACUGCCGGGUCCGGGGGCAGGAGCCACUGCAUCCACGGCGCCGCCACCACCAGCAAAUCUUCCUUAUGGCGCUUAUGGCGGUUCAGUCGGCAAGGUCACGGGAUCGGGAUCAGGAUCGGUAUCGAGCAAGUUCCAGGCAGCUAAGGAGCCAAAGUACUCGCCGGUUCGACAGGCGCCGCCACCGCCACCGCCUCCACCCUCUCACAUGGCUGCUCUGUAUGCAGCUGGCCAGCAGACGACUCCGGCCGAUCUGGGCUACCAGCGGCGACGCAGUUCCGUGAGCGCCAGCAGCUACGAGCACUUUAUGGUCCAGCAGCAGCAGCAGCUCCAGCAACAGCAGCUCAUGCUGGCCGCCGCCGCUCAUGCGGCACAACGUCAGCACAUGCGAGUGGAGGAGCAACAGCAACAGCAGCAGCAGCAUCAGCAUCAUCAUCACCAGCAGCAACAGCAUCAUCAUCACCACCAGCAACAUCGUAUGCAGCAGCAUGUGCAGCACCAGCAUCAGCAUCAGCACCCUCAUCCACAUGCGCAUCCACAUCCUCAUCCGCAUCAUCCCAAUGAGUUUAAGGCACCGCCGGCUGAUAAUCAUCUGCAGCGUUCGGGCAGCCGUGAGCAAUUGAUUGUGGAGCCACAGCAGCAACCGCUGGAGCUGCUGCCGCGUGCCAGUUCCGCCAACUCGGACUACAGCGGCUAUCGCAUCCGUCCGCCAAGCAGGCCAAGUUCGAACUCAUCGCAGCCGGAUUACACGCAGGUGUCACCCGCCAAGAUGGCACUGCGUCGUCAUCUAUCGCAGGAGAAGCUGAGCCAGCAUGGGCCGCCGCCACAGGCCACGCCACCGCUUUCGGGACAGGCAGGAGCUGCCACUUCGGGCAAGACCAUUGGAGAUUUGGUCAACGGGGAGAUUGAGCGAACUCUGGAGAUCUCGCAUCAGAGCAUCAUCAAUGCAGCCGUGAACAUGAGCACCAGUGGCGCCAACUUCAUGGAGCGAGCCUUCCUCAAUGAGCGAUCCAACGAUCGGCUGCUGAUCAACUUGAAUGCCCAGCGACCGGAGCGAGUGCAUGUGCGUCCGCUCUCCGAGGAGUCACAGGAGCCACAUCCCACCAGCUAUGCCCAGGAGCGAGGAGCAGGAGUGGGUGCUGGUGCAGCUGCCGCCGGAGGCAACAGCAAUCUGGCCACUUUGGCACAUGUGGCCUAUGUCCAGAAGGCGCAGGCCGGCGCUCGAGCCAAUGCAGCCACUGCACCGCCCACCACCCACUCCGCUGCUGUUCGCUCUGGACGGGAUUACCAGCCGGUGGCACUGCCCCGGGCGGAGCUGAAGGGCAGCAUCGAGGCCUAUUUCCACGAAGAGCAGAAGCAGUCCAAGGGCUCGGCAUCGGCGGGAGCAGCCUCUUUGCGGGGACCGCGUCUCAAUGGUGCCAAUCCUCCACUCGAAGGACUAGCUGCCUCGCUGCAGGAUCAUGUGCGCGCCAGGAAAUACAAGGAAGAAACCGAGGAGCGUCAACGCCGUGCAGCAGCCGCUGCCUCUUCGUCUUCAGCGGGAGUACCGCCUUCUGGCUUGGAUUUGGCAACGCACUAUGCUCACCAGGCGCCGCCGGCCCACAGUUACCAUCACCAUGGUGCCAAUCUUAAUGGAACGCCGCACAAAGUCGAGCUUGGAAUAAAACGAAGCUCUCCGCUGGCGUCGCACCAGCAACCGCCGCGCCCCUCGAAACUGGCGCAUUAUGAGCCGCCACCGACGCAGCAGCAGCAGCAGCAGCCGCACCACGCACACCUGUAUGUCAACGGGCAAGUGCUGCCGCCGCCUCCAGCUCAUGACGCGACCACGCCCCUCCCCACGCCCUCGUCAUCGUCGUCGUCAUGCGGACGUCGCAGCAACAGCAACAGUGGCAAAUUGCUGGUGGAGCCACCACUACUGAUGAGUCCCGAGAUCAAUUCGCUGUUGGGCGAUGAGCGAGCCAUGCAGCUGACGCACCACCCACAGCAGCAGCAGCAGCAAAUGCUGCACCACCAUCAGUCGCAGCAACAGCAGCAGCAGCAGCAACAGCAACACCUGCAGCUGGCACAGCAGCAGCAAUUGAGGGUGCCCCAUCUGGGACAUGGCCUUGGUCAUGGGCACAAUCACGGUCACGGUCACGGUCACAAUCACAGUCACAGCACCACGCCCACUUUGGGCGGACAGCGCAGUGGCAAUGGCGCCGACGAUGAUGAUGUUAUAGCCGCCGAUGAUGAAACCCACUGGCAGCAUCGCGUCAGCUCCGGUUUCGAUCGACUGGUGGCCUUUGCCAGCACUGAAUUGGAUAAGACCAGGCGGAGCAUUGAUGGCGACACCGUGCCGGCCUCGAUCAGUUGCAACACAUCGCCGGACUCGGGCAUUACGCACAGCAGCAGCAAUUCGGAUGCGGUGCGCACGUUUUUGUCCACCUCGUCCAGCUCCUCGCAGCUGGAGCUGCCCAUUGGCAGCGGUGGCAGCAGCACCAAUAGCCUGUACAACCAUCAUGGCCAGCUCAACAGUGGAGGCAUCAGCAGCAGCAGCAGCAAUCACCAUCACCAGCAGCAGCAGCAACAGCAGCAGCAGCAGCAGCAACAACAACAGUUGCAGAUGCAGCACCAACAGCAGCAGCAGCACCACCACCACCACCUGUCCGAUCACUUGAGCGAUAGCAGCAUCAAAUCCUCUGCAUCUUCAUCGCUGCAUGGUGCUGGUGGCUCCCUGAAAACCGUGUCGCCAGUGGAUCCCAGUGCCAUUGAAUCGCCGCCGCUGUCGGACGUCGGUUUGCCCAGGACUCCGAGUCCCAGUGCCGCCAGUGUGGCCACUCCGCCCUUGGCCAGUGGACCAGUGGUGUCCGGCGAUUUGGGCGGAAUACCGCUGAAGUACCAGCGCAAGUCGAAGAGCAGUUCGGAAAAGCACUACAAGAAGAAGUUCUGCGAACGUAAUUGGGAGUACGACUGCGACGAACUGCUGGCCUACUCGAACUCCAGUGCACCGCCCACGGCCGCUGAUGCGGCGGGCAAUGGGCCGCCACCCAAUUUGGAUGCUCCGAAUCACAUCGGUGGAUUAGCAGCUGCUCCUCUUCUGGGAAAAUCUGGUAAAUCGCCCAAGGAGAAGUCAUCACCGCACCAUAGCGUAUUUAACCAUCAUCAGCAGCAGCAACAGCAGCAACAGCAGCAGCAGCAGCAACACCAUCACAAAUCAUCCAAGUUUCGGCCAAAGGGCAAGGACUGGGACUGGUCAAUUGACAGUCGAAGUCAGACGGGCGAUCUGCUGCCACCCAAUAACAACAUGAACAUUAACAACAACUCAACCACCACAACGAGUAAUUAAUUAAUUUAGUAAACUAAUUUAGUUCAAUUUGCUGAAUGAAACGGAGAGAUAACCAGAAAAGUGUGUGCAACGCUUUGCUGCUUUUUAGCCAGAUUAUUUUAUGAAUUGGAUGGGAUCAUCCUUUGAAUUGUACUGUAUUUAAUGAAGAUAUUUUGUAAUUUUAACUAAAUGAAUUGUGUAUGCAUAGCUAACUUAUUGUAUAGCCCAGCUCUCCAUUUGCCUUGUUUUAUUUGAUUAUUGCUAUCCACCAGCUCUCCUGUCACCAGUGUGUUUUUAUUUCGAUGAUAAUUUUAACUAGAAUAGCGACGUUUUUUCGUAUUUGGUUAUAAGGUUGAACCCGAAUGAACCCAACUGCUAAUGAACAAUGUUACUGACUUCUUUGUACCGAUUACCAAUUAUUACGAUUAUGUAUUUAAUUUGAAUUAUUGUUUAAUUACGUUUGCCCAUAAGUUGAAUGUUUUUGUCUUUAUUAUUUUGAAAUAAAAUUGUAAACUAAUGUUAAAAAA